GUAUGAAUGGCUGAUAAAUUUUGCAUUCUUUCAAUUUCUACGUAAAGUCCAAGCCCAUGUGGUCGAAGUCUAUUCAAAGUGCACUAAAUUUUUUUAAUCAGCUGCAGUGUUGCGUGAAAUCUUUAGAAUUUCUACUUACCGCGAAGUCAACAAAAUCGAACGAUAUCGUGUGGCGCGUGAAUACGUAUCAUAAAUGGACAGGAUACUGAAAGGUGUGAUGAAAUAUAGAAAAUGUCACAGAGAAGGAAUGGUAAAGCAAUUCAAGCAGGUUAAGGACCAUCCUGAACCAAAGGCAGUUUUCUUCACCUGUAUGGACUCUCGGAUGAUUCCUACUAGAUUUACGGAAACAAAUGUUGGAGAUAUGUUUGUUGUUAGAAAUGCUGGAAAUGUUGUACCGCAUUCGCAACACUUCUCCGAUGAGUUGACGAUGUGCGAACCUGCCGCUCUGGAAUUGGGCUGCGUAGUGAACGAUAUUCGACAUAUAAUCGUUUGUGGCCAUAGUGAUUGCAAAGCUAUGAAUCUACUCUACGCUCUGCGUGAUGAGGAAUUUGCUUCUCAGGCAAACAGACGAAUAUCACCACUCAGAGCAUGGCUAUGUGCCCAUGCCAGCAGUAGUCUAGCUAAAUUUCAACAGCUAGAAAUCACUGGAUUUCACGAGCCAAUCAUUUUUCAAGCUGAAACACCGCUACGUAGAUUCGUCGCCUAUAUUGAUCCGGAAGACAAAUUUGCCAUCGAGGACAAACUAUCGCAGAUCAACACUCUACAGCAGUUGCAAAAUGUAGCGUCAUAUGGUUUCCUAAAAAGGCGACUAGAGAGACAUGACCUGCAUAUACAUGCUUUGUGGUUCGACAUUUAUACGGGAGAUAUAUAUUACUUUAGUCGAGCUAACAAAAGGUUCAUCGAGAUAAAUGAACUCACAGAAACUCCAUUGCUUCGAGAAAUAAAAAAAUAUUACUCCUGAGGAGUUCAAACUGUUGUUAUCAGAUUAUGUUUAAUAUAUCAAUGCAUAUUUUUAUAACGUUUACACAGGUAUUCAUAAUACCAUUAACUUUAAUCAAACUUUUCGAACAAGAAUAAAUUUACUUGAAUUCUGUACAUAUAUUUAAAAGUGCAUGAGCAUUAUAUUCUAGCUCAACUCAAUCAGCUACU